AUGACUCUGCUGCAGAUCCUACUCUUCUCCUCCUGCUGCUUCUUUGCAUCCGGCCUGAUGCCGAUCACUGGGUUUUGCCAGUCUGACGCAGAUUGCAUCCACGCGGACGGUGACGACAUCUCCUGCUGCGCGCAGUGGAACGUCAAGAUGCCCAUCCGCGUGUGCAAGAGCCUGCGCAAGGAGGGUCAAGUCUGCAAGGUCAACACGCCAGACUUCCCUCUCCUGGAGCGGCAGCGCAACAGCUUCCUGUGCCCCUGUCACGGCGGCUUCGAGUGCCAGCCACUGGAAGGGAAAUACCGCGUCGGGAAGUGCAAGGCGGCAGAGGCGGCGGUGUAG